AGGCUGACGGGUGUGGGAACGAGUCCAUCAUGGCAUCAGCUGCUGAACAGCAGCAACAGACCACCCUGGAGUUCUACCAGGCAAUGGCUGAUUUCAAAAAUAUGUUCCCUCAGAUGGAUGACGAUGUCAUCGAGGCUGUUCUUCGAUCAAAUCAGGGUGCGGUGGACACGACAAUCGAUCAGCUCCUGGCGAUGAGCACCGACAACGAGAACGAGAAGAUCAGGAGUGAGCUGGAGCAGUCAGAGGACCCCAAUUCCCCGAAGAUCUCGAAAACCGAGGCCAGAGUUCAGAAAAGCAUCAGCAAGUGGCAGCCACCCCUGCUCGGUCCUCUUCCUGACACCUUCCUCAGGAUUCCCCAGCAGCUAGAGGCGUCGGACGGUGAUCCUGAGAUUCAGGACAACUCGAUGCUCGAGGACGAGAGAAUAGCCAUGUUCCUGCAGAACGAGGAGUUCAUGGCUGGACUCCGAUGGAACGAGGACUUCCUCAGCACCUUGGAGAGUGAUUCUUUCGGUGACUUUGCAGAUACGAAGGUACCUCGUGGGGGCCGCUGCACCUCUACUGACCUCCAGGACAGCCAUGAUGAGGAGGAUUUGUUCAAGGAGAGACUGAGAAACAUGGGAAAAGUUUCACGUCGUAAGUUCGCUCAACUUACGAAAGUCUUCACUCGCAGUAAGAAAAGGGGUGAGAGACAGUUGCUGCCUCCGACAGCCUCAUGUGACGAUCUCUUGGACCCCGAGGAGUCCUCUAGGCCCCAGACUUGAGAGAUAAAUAAACCAAAGAGAGAGAGGAAUAGACAAUGCUUUGAUUAAAAUCAGGAUUCUUAGUGGGCUAGGUAAUUUUCGAUGAAUCUCACUAGAUUGAUAUUUUCUUGGGAUAAGACAAGGGACACCCGCGAGCCUUCUAGACGAUCCCGAAGUUCUUUUCCCCUGCGAAAAUUUCCCUUGAAAUUCCCCUCCUCCCCCGGAGUCAUUGAUUACAAGCGAACAGUAAAUAAUAAGAAAAAGAAUAUUUUCACCCGGGAAAUCAAUGCCAGGGAAAUUUUUGUUACGGGAAAUCUUUAUUUGGGGAAAUUCACGAGGAGGGAAUUUAAUCCGCGAACGUUUUGCCGGGAAAAUUAACUCCGAUCAUCCCUUGUAGUCCCAAUACUUAAUGACAACAAUUUUUAGUUGAAACGGCGAAGCGAUAUUUUUAUUAGAUUUUUUUAGAUUUUAUUAUCUCAGUUGGGAGCGACUCCAGAGGCAAAAGUUGCAUAACAUUUUUUGUAGAAAAUUAAAUUCUCUGGAAAAAUGAUAAUCAACAUUUUCUUCUCAGUCGUCUCAUUAUCAAAGAAGAUGUGAUGAUAACGUGAAUGUUUGGAAGAUUUGAGAUGAUUCUCAGUGAUUUUGUUAUCACAAAUUAAAAAAACUAGUCAUUUUUACGGUAAUCGUAGUCCCACGAUUUAUGUUGUUACCAGUCUGUAUCGGUUACUAUAUUUACAUUGUUAUUGUGAUGUAUUUAUUAUUAAAAAUUUGGGAGACGAAAUUAGACCUCGAAAUCACAGAAAAUCUCAAUUAUUUAAAAAACCUCAAAUUCUCGUAUGAACUCCUUCGAAAUGGCUGGAAAUUCCCCUGAAUUCCUCCAACAAUUCUAGAAAUUCUCGGAAUUCCCUUAGAAGUUAAAAAAACUUCUUGAGUUCUCACGAAAUUUUAACAAAACCUUCAAACUCUCUGAAUGCCUUGGAACUCCACAAGUUCCCCACAUGCUCUCAUCUCCAAAAAAAUUCUGGAAUGCCCUUGAAAAAUUCAGAAUUCGCUGGAAUUCCCUUGAAUCAUCCAAAAUCUACCUACGACACAGAAAACAUCUACAAAAGCAAA